AUGUACAAGUUUGUGGUACUCUUCGCUCUCGUCGCUGUCGCCUGCGCUGCACCAAAGCCAGGUUACUCGGCAUCACCAGUUCUGGUCCACUCUGCACCAAUUGUAGCGGCUCCCGUGGUCCACAGCGUUCACAGCGUGCCCGUUGCUACCAGCCACGCUAGCACCUACAAAGUUGACCACAAGAGCUACGUCGCUGCACCCGCUGUUUCCUACCACGCUGCACCAGCUGUUUCCUACCACGCUGCACCAGUCGCAUACUCUGCACACCCAGUGCCACUUGCCUAUGCUGCACACGCCAGCCCACUUGCCUACGUUCACUAA